AGAUAGCAUUCUCUCCAACCCAUACGAACAGUAAUCAGUAUGCCUGAGCCAGCCAGGUCAGCUCCCGCCCCGAAGAAGGGCUCGAAGAAGGCGGUGACCAAGGCGCAGAAGAAGGACGGCAAGAAGCGCAAGCGCAGCCGCAAGGAGAGCUACUCCGUCUACGUGUACAAGGUGCUCAAGCAGGUCCACCCCGACACCGGCAUCUCGUCCAAGGCCAUGGGCAUCAUGAACUCCUUCGUCAACGACAUCUUCGAGCGCAUCGCCGGCGAGGCGUCGCGCCUGGCGCAUUACAACAAGCGCUCGACCAUCACGUCGCGGGAGAUCCAGACGGCCGUGCGGCUGCUGCUGCCAGGCGAGCUGGCCAAGCACGCCGUGUCCGAGGGCACCAAGGCCGUCACCAAGUACACCAGCUCCAAGUGAGCGCACGCGCCGCUCUCUGCAACCCAAAGGCUCUUUUCAGAGCCACUCAUUUCUUCAUAACUGGAGCUGGGCACUGAUGAACCCUGUUCCAUUAGCGGCACCGCUGGCAAGGCGCUACACCCGUUCCUGUUGCUUGUCCAUGGCCCCACAGCAGUCCUCA